AUGUCUCGCUAUAUUGCAUUAGUGGCAAUUUUCGCCAUGGCAUUUGCUGAGCACUGGACUGUAUAUGACGCCGACAGGAAGUUGUAUUGUAUUAUUCUGGAUGCAGAGAACGUUUCGAUGACUGUGAAAUUCACCGCAUUAAAUGGUACCGUCGAGACCUACACCGCAUCAAUCAACGGUACCCAUGAAGUUACUGGUAAAUGUCAAGACAUAUACGGGAAUCGAACUGCUCAGUCUCUCAAAGUGAGCUUCUUCCCCGCUGGAAACAACACUCCCGCAAUCGCAGCUCAGCCAUGGGAGUUGGAAUUCAUUUUUGGAUCAGAUGAAAAAGUGGCUGCUUUCGAGCUGCUUGACUAUUCUCUCACUACGGCACCAGUCUGGGGAGUCAAUGCAUCAUCGAUCUACAAAUUCAAAAAGGCUGACGGACAAGUAGACUUCCAGGGACAUGAUAAAAAUGCUUUUAAAUGCUCGAACAGCGAUCUUCCAUUGUCAAACAGUUCUACGAUUGAUCUGAAGAACGUCAAUGUGCUUGCUUUCGCACACUUGGACCAACCGCAGUUCCCCAAACAACAGAUCUUCGAGCAGUGUCUCCUCGACUCGCGCACUUCCGACAUCGUGCCGAUCGUUGUCGGAGCCUGCUUGGCCGGCCUCGUUGUCAUUGUGCUUGUCGCCUACCUCAUUGGAAGAGCUCGUGCAAAGCAGUUGAAGAAUUGA